UUAAUUCAAAUGUCAACUAAUACAACAUCCACAACUUCAACAGAUCAACAAAAAUAUUUGUCAGUACUCAAUGAACUAAAUUCUUUUCCCUGUUCACAGUCUUAUUGGGCAAGAAAAUCGAGAAUGUUAACUUUAGAAAGUGAAUUUGGACCUUUAGAAUUUAAUUUAUUGGAAUUUGAUAUUGCCCUGAAAUUUAGAAAUGCGAAAGAUUUGAGCUUUACUGCACAGAAAAUUUAUCAAUUAGACAAAUCAGAAAAGGUUCGUCAAAGAAUAGGUCAACUAUUUUCUGUUUUGCUGGAUGGAAAUUCUGAUAAACUUUUUUCUUCUGGUUUGUUUUAA